UCAGAAAUGUUUGGUAGUGACAUGGUCGAGACACGUCCAUUCACGUUGUGGGCUGCGGGUGUAUUCGAAACAUAUUCGUCGUGUUUAUCGUGAAGCGUAAAUUGUUUGUUUGCAAACAUUCGUGCAUGAAUAUUAUUUUUAAAAGUAACAAAUAAAAAAACUUAAAAAAAAUACAGAGACAACUUAUCGAAGUGGUGUGAACAGCAUAAAAUCUUCAUAUUUGGAUAAUUGAGUGAAGUUUGCAAAAUAAAAAUUUGAUUAAAAGUGGAAAGAUUUAAACCAAAGAACGAACCUCAGCAAGAGUUUUGAGUGGCAUAAACAAAUGUCAGUUCGGUGCAACAAGAAGAGCUGCAAAAUUGAUUUAAUUUUUUUAUAAUUUUUUUCGUAAUAUUUAAAAAAAAAAAAAAUAAAAUAAACACAAGUGCAAAACCCCAAAAAAGAAAUAUAUGUUUUUUUUUUGGUGUGGAUUACCAGUGAAGGAAAGUGAAGUGAACGGCUUAAAUGGAUUAAACAGAAAUUAAAAAGAAAUUAAACAGAAUUAAAAAUAACACAGAGAGAUAGAAAGAGAGAGAGCGAGAGAUAGUAUGCAGUGGCCGAGUGCACGCGAUUGUUCCUGCAAAAAGAUCUAUAUAGUAAUACUCGUCGACUGAUAAGUCCGAAUAUCUUUUCGGGCAGGGAACCAAUAAUACGCCGACUAUCUCCAACGGCAGACGAAGCACCAAUAAAAACAAAACAGCGCAACAGCCAGAGAACCAGAGAAACUCUGCUCAAGAGCCACGCGGAUGACGCAUCAGCCGCCCACGAUGCAGCAGACACACGCGAUGAUGCUGCCGCUGCCGCUGCCGCUGCUGCUGUUGCUGUUGACGUCAGUGGCGAUGCCGGCCCACGCAUCGCCCUUUACGAGCUAUCAGAACCAGCGAUUCGCCAUGGAGCCCCAGGACCAGACGGCCGUGGUGGGGGCACGCGUCACGUUGCCCUGCCGCGUCAUCAACAAGCAGGGCACCCUGCAAUGGACCAAGGACGACUUCGGGCUGGGCACCUCGCGGGAUCUGAGCGGCUUCGAGCGGUAUGCGAUGGUGGGCAGCGACGAGGAGGGCGACUACUCGCUGGACAUCUAUCCGGUGAUGCUGGACGACGAUGCGCGCUACCAGUGUCAAGUGAGUCCCGGCCCCGAGGGCCAGCCGGCCAUCCGGUCAACAUUCGCCGGCCUGACGGUGCUGGUGCCGCCGGAGGCACCGAAAAUAACCCAGGGCGAUGUCAUCUAUGCCACCGAGGAUCGCAAGGUGGAGAUUGAGUGCAUCUCUGUGGGCGGCAAGCCAGCAGCUGAGAUUACAUGGAUUGAUGGCCUGGGCAACGUGCUAACGGAUAACAUUGAGUACACGGUGAUACCGCUGCCCGAUCUGCGCCGCUACACCGCCAAGUCGGUGCUCCGGCUGACGCCGAAAAAGGAGCACCACAACACGAAUUUCACGUGCCAGGCACAGAACACAGCCGACCGCACCUAUCGCUCGGCGAAAAUACGUGUCGAGGUUAAGUAUGCGCCCAAAGUCAAGGUGAAUGUGAUGGGAGGAGGCGGCCAUGGUCUCGGUCUUGGUCUCGCUGGCAGCUCCUCCUCGAUGGGAACCCACCAGCGGAUUGUGGAGCAUGCCCAGGUGCGACUCGAGUGCCGGGCAGAUGCCAAUCCCAGCGAUGUCCGUUAUCGCUGGUACAUCAACGACGAACCAAUUAUAGGCGGUCAAAAAACUGAGAUGAUCAUACGCAAUGUGACGCGCAAGUUCCACGAUGCCAUUGUCAAGUGCGAGGUGCAGAAUUCCGUGGGCAAGAGCGAGGAUAGCGAGACCCUGGACAUAAGCUAUGCACCCAGCUUCCGGCAACGGCCACAAUCCCUGGAGGCGGACAUCGGCAGUGUUGUGUCGCUCAGCUGUGAGGUGGACAGCAAUCCGCAGCCGGACAUUGUCUGGAUCCAGCAUCCCAGCGAUCGGGUGGUCGGCACCAGCACCAAUCUCACCUUCAGCGUGAGCAACGAGACGGCCGGACGCUACUACUGCAAGGUGAAUGUGCCCGGCUACGCGGAGAUCUCCGCGGAUGCCUACGUCUACCUGAAGGGCUCCCCGGCCAUCGGCUCCCAGCGCACCCAGUACGGCCUGGUGGGCGACACCGCGCGCAUCGAGUGCUUCGCCAGCAGCGUGCCCCGGGCCCGUCAUGUCUCCUGGACAUUCAACGGACAGGAGAUCAGCUCCGAGUCCGGCCACGACUACUCCAUACUGGUGGACGCGGUGCCCGGCGGCGUCAAGAGCACGCUCAUCAUCCGGGACAGCCAGGCCUAUCACUACGGCAAAUACAACUGCACGGUGGUCAACGACUACGGCAACGACGUCGCCGAGAUACAGCUGCAAGCCAAGAAGAGCGUUUCCCUUUUGGUGACAAUUGUGGGUGGCACUUCGGCCUUGGGCUUCCUGCUGGUGCUCACCAUUCUCGUGGUGGUCUACUUGAGGUGCAAGAAGCGCACCAAACUGCCACCCGCCGACGUGAUCAGCGAGCAUCAGAUAACGAAGAACGGCGGAGUCAGCUGCAAGCUGGAGCCGGGCGACCGCACCUCCAACUACAGCGACCUCAAGGUGGACAUCUCCGGGGGAUAUGUGCCCUACGGCGACUACAGCACCCACUACAGCCCGCCGCCCCAGUAUCUGACGACGUGCUCGACCAAGUCCAAUGGCAGCUCCACCAUCCUGCAGAACAACCACCAGAACCAGCUGCAGCUACAGCAGCAGCAGCAGAGCCACCAGCAGCAUCAGCACCAGCACCAGCAGCAGCAGCAGCCGCAGCAGAGCCACCAGCCAGCGCACCACCAACAGCCGCCCGGCCAGAGCCUGCCCAUGACCUUCCUGACCAACAGCAGCGGGGGCAGUCUGACGGGCAGCAUCAUCGGAUCCCGGGAGAUACGCCAGGAGAACGGUCUGCCCAGUCUGCAGUCGACGACGGCCUCGGUGGUGAGCUCCUCGCCCAAUGGCAGCUGCAGCAACCAGAGCACUGCCACCACCACCCAUGUGGUGGUGCCCAGCUCGAUGGCCCUGAGCGUGGAUCCGCGCUACAGCGCCAUCUACGGUAAUCCCUAUUUGCGCUCCUCCAACUCCUCGCUGCUGCCGCCACCCACAGCGGUCUAAGUGCGAUCGAGGCGAUGGAUAUAGCAGCCCACUCGAAGACUGAUCUCAAAGGACACUAAGGGCUAUGCUGUGCUCUAGCCGGCGCCUGUCCUGGAUCGUUCAAUGGGGUAAGAUUGGGGCGUAAGCGCCAUUGGAAGAUUUUUCAGCAACCAAAAAUUCGAAUCGAGUAACUUAAAGAUUUAGCUUAGAGAGAGAGAGAAAGAGAGAGCUCACACCACACACACACACACACCACACACCCUUGGCAUCCGUUUAAUUCUUCGUUUUCUAAUCGGUAUCUCCAGUCCAGCCCUAAUGGAAUGGAAUAAUAAUGGAAUGUAUUUUAGCUUUAGCAUAGGUGAUGAAUGAUCUUUUUUCGAGCCGUAGUGUGCUUUGCGCUUCGGCUGCAACCUAGGCUAAGCGCAGUUCUAUCUAAACAGAGACUAAGCUUCAAAGAAUCAGUGUUAGGCAUUUACAAAUCGAACAAGAGAGCGAGCGAUAGAGGGAGAGUGUUAAGAAACGCCUUAAAAAAUACAUAAAUAGUUGGCUGCAGGGGAAACUUGUUGAGUUUUCCCAGAGAAAAAAGAAAAAAACGGCAAGGCGAGGGCAUUUGUUCAAGGGUUCAUUUCAUAAUUAAUUGGAAUUCAAGAUGGAAGAUGGAAGAUGGCAGAGUCUCUUCCCUAAGCACACAUAUUUUGGAAAUAUCUAGCACUCCAUCUAUGUAUCUUUCCUUUAUUUUAUCUAUUUAUAUCUUCAAUGCUUGUACCUGUUUUCUUCCUUUGAUUAUGUUCCAGUUCCUUUGCUGUCUUUCAUCAAUUUAUGAUUCACUUCUAUCUUGUCCUCCCCCCAGCUAUUCUACCCUUUAAAUACCGAUAUAUAAAUCUAUCUGGAAUAUUUAAUACAAUUAUUUGAAACCAUUUUCCACACCUCAAACAAAUGCCCAGGAAAUGCUACACAAAAAAAAAUAUAUUACAAAAAAAAUCAUGAAUAGGAAACAGAAACAGA